AUGGCAAGCUUCAACAUGGAAUAUUAUCUUCCAAUAAUAGUUAUGGUGGUCAUACAGUUUAUAUAUUCUGGUAUGACUCUUGGAACAAGAAUUGCCCUUUUGGAGGGUAUGAGCCCAAGGGUAUUUGUGGUAUAUCGUCAUGCUUUUGCCACCAUUUUUCUUGCUCCUAUUGCUUAUUUAUCAUCAAGGAGAAACUCUCUCUCCUGCUCCUUAAAUUUAAAGAGUUUUUCCUGGAUAUUCUUCACUUCAUUGAUCGGCAUUACAUUGUAUCAAAAUCUAUAUUUUGAGGGACUAUAUCUUUCGUCUUCUUCAAUUGCAAGUGCCAUGAUCAAUCUUAUUCCCGGAGUUACAUUUUUAAUAGCAGCCUUUGUAGGAAUGGAAAAAGUAAAUAUUACAAGUUUGAGAACUAUAGCCAAAAUUGUGGGGACUUUGAUAUGUAUUUGUGGAGCUUUGUCUAUAGUAUUAUUGAAGGGUCCAAAACUAUUAAAUGCAACGAUCAUACCUUCUAAAUCAAUCAUGGCUGGAAGUGAUACUGAUCAGAAUUGGUUGCUAGGAUGUGUUUUUCUUUUGGCAAGUAGUGUUGGCUGGUCAGUUUGGCUAAUUUUGCAGGUUCCAGUUUACAAAAGUCAUCCAAAUUAUUUAUCACUGUCAGCUUGGAUGUGUUUCAUUUCAACAUUACAAUCAGCCGUAGUGACAGUAUUCUUGGAGCCAGACCUUAAUGCAUGGAAGAUUAAUUCUCUACUUCAAUUUGGUUCCACUUUAUAUGCGGGAAUUAUGGGAUCAGCGGUUAUGUUUUGUCUUCAAGCAUGGUGCAUAACACAGAGAGGACCUCUUUUCUCUGCAUUGUUUAGCCCUCUUGUGACAGUGAUUGUGACUGUAUUAGCUGCUUUGGUACUUCAUGAGGAAAUAUAUAUUGGAAGCUUGAUAGGUGCAAUUGGAGUAAUUAUUGGUUUGUAUAUUGUGCUUUGGGGUAAAGCUGGAGAUGUAGUUGAUGUCAAAGAGAAGAUAGAUCCAAAAUCUACGGCUUAUGAAUCUGGUGGAAAUGAAAACUAUAAAACUGAUUUGGAAGAACCUCUUUUACAAGAUGAUUCUACUUCACGUUAUUGA